AACUAAGAUCAUCAGGCGCGUUUUUUCGCCAGUCAGACAGGUCAAGGCGUUUAUUUUUCCUUGCAGAGUUUGGUUUACCUGUUCUCAUUUAUUUCUCAAAGUACAAAUACAAAUCAAAUACAAUAAUGUAAUGUCCAUCAAAAUAAAUAAAGUACUCAAAUCUUACUGCUCAUCCACAAUCUCAAAUCUUCUUACACAGCUUAUCUGAUUCUUUUUUUUUAAAAUUUCUUUUUUACUCUCCCAUGGGAGUAGUUUUAACAACUCUUAAAAAGAUCAUGACAAAGUCGAAGAAUUUCUUUCAGAAUUUGAUGAAACCCUUUUUUAGUUCAAGCAAAGAGGGCCAAAUUGAAGAGGAUUUGGAUAGAAUUGCUGCACAAGAACAGAAAUUGUUUGCAUUUGAUACUUUAGUAUCUGCUACUAAGGAUUUUCAUCCAACUCAUAAGCUUGGUGAAGGUGGGUUUGGACCUGUUUAUAAGGGGAAAUUAGCUGAUGGGAGAGACAUUGCUGUGAAGAAAUUGUCACACAGUUCAAAUCAAGGAAAGAAAGAGUUUAUGAAUGAGGCUAAGCUCUUAGCGCGUGUCCAGCACCGGAAUGUUGUAAAUUUGUUAGGAUAUUGCGCUCAUGGAGCGGAGAAGCUAUUAGUUUACGAAUAUGUUACUCAUGAGAGCCUUGACAAGUUUCUCUUCAAAACCAAUAAAAGAGAGCAACUGGAUUGGAAGCGGCGAUACGAUAUUAUAACCGGCAUUGCACGGGGGCUGCUUUACCUUCACGAGGACUCACACAAUUGCAUCAUCCACCGUGAUAUAAAGGCCAGCAAUAUUUUACUCGACGAUAAGUGGAUUCCUAAGAUUGCUGAUUUUGGUAUGGCUCGCCUCUUCCCUGAAGAUCAAACACAUGUCAACACUCGUGUUGCUGGUACAAACGGGUAUAUGGCUCCGGAGUAUGUCAUGCACGGCCAUUUAUCAGUGAAGGCGGACGUUUUCAGCUUCGGGGUCUUGGUGUUGGAGCUAAUAACUGGUCAGAGGAAUUCACAGUUCAAUCAAUCACUAGAAGCUCAAAAUCUUCUCGAUUGGGCAUAUAAGCUCCACAAAAAAGAUAGGAGUAUGGAAUUAAUAGAUCCAUCAUUAGUAUCGUCGGCAGUCCCGGACCAAGUAAAGAUGUGUGUUCACAUAGGCCUUCUAUGCACACAAGGCGACCCACAGUUACGUCCGAUUAUGCGACGAGUAGUCAUUUUGUUGUCAAAGAGACCUGGCAAUCUAGAAGAACCAACUAGACCCGGUAUACCCGGUUCCCGAUAUAGAAGAUCACGUAGGCCGCCAGGAAUGUCCUCAUCCGCCAAAACAUCCGGUGAUUCAGAUUCGCGCACAUAUUAUUUGAGCACUACUACUAAUACUGCUUCAGCAUCUGGUACAUCUGGCACAUCUGCCACAUCUGCUACAGCAUCGACUACUGCUACAGCAUCGACAUUAACUUGCAGUGACCCGAGAUUAGAUCCUCACGGCAAGCGUCCAAUGGAAAGUUAAAAACCGAGCUUCAUUGCGAUUUUAUGGAUAUUCUUUGUGAAGUAUAGGUGUAAAUAAAGAUUAGUAUUUUAGCAUGUAAAUUUUGAGAAAAAUUAGUCACUAAACCACGGGAUAGCGCUAGAUAAUGCAGAGAGUGGAAAAUUGCUUCUCUAGGGUAUUUUGCAUAUUGGAUUUGCAGUCUGAAAUUUUUCCUUAA